CCAACCUCCGCGGUAAAAGGACCGGCUCUUCCUCACAUCAUUUAAGAUGAAAAUCGCUGUCAUAGUUUUGUCGCUCUUGGUGGUUUUCACCCACCAGCAAUUCUACCACCGCCAGCCAUCGACUGCGGCAGAGAGACUCUUUUGGUUGUCGCGUUAUUACUCACCACGGCCUGCCUUCGAUUAUUACAAUCGCCAGCCCGUUAACUACGCUGAUGAUAAUCAAGCCGACGAUGACGACGACUCGUUCCAUCCAUUUAUGCCACCAAGUCCCUCCGCAUUUUCACAAAAGGCCAGGCCUUAUUUGAAUGCUGUGGAAAAUCCAAGUGACGAAGAAGAAGAGGAUCAGUUUCCUGUUCAAGUUCAAGGGAGAAGGAAGACGGUGAAUAGUUUCCCGACUCGUUUCCGGCCGUCAUUUUUGCAACCCAAACCGCAGCACCAGGACGACCCGCGAUUUCUCAUCAACUUGGCCAGUCCCAAUUUGUUAACCAGGAAAGUCAAAACGAUUACCUUCACGUUGACGUCGUCGUUGACGUUUACCAGCGUCCAAUCGUGCAUUCCCAGUGCCCAAUUUGCAACCGGGGCGGCUGAAAUCACUUGUCGCCGCAAGAGACGCGGCGGAAUCGUCGAAGCUCUGGACAUCAGCAAACCGGAAGACACUCAAUUCGUCAUCAUUCCAACAGAUGUGCAGCCGGUAGAGCCGACGGAACUUACGUCACUGGAACUGUCGAAUGAGAAUGGCCAAUGGAAGAAAAACCAGACGUUGAAUCACGAACUCGUUUCUUCUAUAAACGAAGAUUUGAAUGAGGAUGCGACGGAGGAAUCGUCGGUUGCGUCACCAGCCGCGCUGCGUUCGAGAGGACAACGAUUCUUCAUCCACUUGGUAACGACUGCUACUGUGACCAGCUACUCGUUUCUCUCGACGACCGUCACCAAGACCGUCAGCCUUUUAAACACUAUGUUAAAUCCCGGGGGAGGACUGAUUUGCCGCCCUAGUGGCUAUUCCGUCUGUCCUUUCACCAGCAUAAUUCCAGGCUAAUGCGUAAGGACGUAUAAGGUCUUGUGAUUACAGCUUUUCCUCGCUUAAUGCUUUACUCUUGUGAUUAGAAGAAAAAAAUCGCUUCCGCUAUCGACAAGUUUUCUGGGACCUUAUCAUUUUUCGUACUAGGAAUCAGCUUUUAUUUAUUUAUCGAGACACAUUUUGAAUUCUGGUGGUGGAAGUCAAUUUGGUUUCAAUAUUUCUAUCGCUCAUUAUAUUACCCACAUUCAUACUUUUU